GGGUCCGGGUGACCUCCAAUCAGAGCGCGUUAUUUUCUUGGAAAGCUGAAAUUGUGAAAGAGUGAAAAACGUAACGGUGGGUGGUCGCGAAAAGGGUUCUUUGUUUUUGUUGAUUAUUUUUGAGUUUCACUCACUUUCAGCUUAGCAUACAGUCAAGCCAGAACUCCAAAUUAUCCGUUUCGCGUAAAAAUACCGAUUUUGUAUCGCUUCUUAUCGACGAAAAUAACCCCUUUGUGUCAUCCGUAUUAAUGGCGUCGUUCAACUUUAUUUGAGGGACACAAAAGCCAGUCAGGUUCAAGUGAAAUUUAUUAUUAUUUCUAAGUUUUCAAUUAAUUUAUCGAACAGUCGUCGUUGCUGCGUGGAAAAUGGCAGCCCCGAGGGCAGCGUCGAGCAGUGCUUUACGCGCUUUAGCCGUAGAAUAUAAAAGUUUACAGGAGGAACCAGUUGAGGGAUUCUGUGUGAAACUAGUAAAUGAGGACAAUCUUUUUGAAUGGGAGGUUGCUAUUUUCGGACCACCAGAUACUUUAUAUAUGGGAGGAUAUUUCAAGGCAAGAAUGAAGUUCCCUCUAGAUUAUCCAUACUCUCCGCCAUCAAUUAGAUUUCUUACAAAAGUUUGGCACCCGAAUGUGUAUGAGAAUGGAGAUUUAUGUAUUAGCAUCCUCCAUCCACCAGUCGAUGAUCCCCAAUCUGGAGAAUUGCCAUGCGAACGCUGGAACCCCACCCAAAAUGUCCGUACUAUUCUCUUAUCAGUAAUUUCUCUGUUGAACGAACCGAACACGUUUAGUCCUGCAAAUGUAGAUGCCUCUGUCAUGUACAGGCGUUGGCGAGAUUCCAAGGGAAGAGAUAAGGAAUAUGAAAAUAUUAUCAGAAAGCAGGCAAUGGCUGCUAGAGCCGAAGCUGAAAGAGAUGGGAUACAAGUACCUUUGACUCUUGAAGAUUAUUGCAUAAAAACACAGGUUAAACCAAAUAAUGCAGAGUCUCAGGUCGAAAUGACAGACUUCUACGACGACGAUUCAUACGGUGACUACGACGACGCAUCCGAUAGUUCUUACGUCGAUGAGGACGAAAACGACAGCGGCAACGGCGAAUCGUGAUGGCGUCAAGCAGCUGAGUGAACAAAUCUUUGUAUUCAAUUAUCUUUCAUCCGUCGGUUGGCCGUGAAUUUAUCACAAAACGCGCACGUCGACAAAAUCGGCGGGCGUUUUUUUCUUCUUUUUGUCAAAAAAUCACGGGCAACCAAGGGACAUGUGACCCUGAAGGACGUUGUCUUUUUGAAAUAAAAUUUCUCAUACUUUUCGGAUAUA